AUGUUUCUUCCAAAGGCAGUACAGGGCAGUGCUGAAGAGCAACGACUUUGGACCCACCAAUUUGCUAUCUCUGUGCCCUUGGGCACCUUACUCAAUGCCAGUUCUCAGUGCCUCAGUGUCCUCACCUGUCAGAGGGGGAGGAGAGCAUACAGCGUUGUUAUGAGGAGCAAAUCAGUUAAAGUUUGUAAGAAUAGUGCCUGAUAGUAUCUGAUCAGCGCUGAAUAAAUGUUAGCAAUUGUUUUGAUUCACCGCAGAGGGCGGUCUAUGAGAGCGCGGAGCCCCACUCGGCCAGCGGGGCCUGGCGGGGGACCUGUCGCGCUGAAAGCUCCAGGGUAGGGCCAACGCCCAUCAGGCUGCGCAUCCGUUCGGGAUGCGCAGGUUGCAGUCUGCAGCCGGCGGCGCCACGCCCAGGCGGGCGGAGCGCGGCUCCGGGAGGCGCGAGCCCGCGGUCAUGUGACACAGUGAAGAUGGCGUCGCCCAGCUGCCUGUGGCUCUUGGCUGUCGCCCUCCUGCCAUGGACCUGCGCUGCCCGGGCGUUGCAUCAUCUGGACCCGCCGGCGCCGCUGCCGUUGGUGAUCUGGCAUGGGAUGGGAGACAGCUGUUGCAAUCCCUUAAGCAUGGGUGCUAUUAAAAAAAUGGUUGAGAAGAAAAUACCUGGAAUUUACGUCUUAUCUUUAGAGAUUGGGAAGACCUUGAUGGAGGACGUGGAAAACAGCUUCUUCUUGAAUGUCAAUUCCCAAGUAACAACAGUGUGUCAGACACUUGCUAAGGAUCCUAAAUUGCAGCAAGGCUACAAUGCUAUGGGAUUCUCCCAGGGAGGCCAAUUUCUGAGGGCAGUGGCUCAGAGAUGCCCUUCACCUCCCAUGAUCAAUCUGAUCUCAGUUGGGGGACAACAUCAAGGUGUUUUUGGACUCCCUCGAUGCCCAGGAGAGAGCUCUCACAUCUGUGACUUUAUCAGAAAAACACUGAAUGCUGGCGCGUACUCCAAAGUUGUUCAGGAACGCCUCGUGCAAGCCGAAUACUGGCAUGACCCCAUAAAAGAGGAUGUAUAUCGCAACCACAGCAUCUUCUUGGCAGAUAUAAAUCAGGAGCGGGGUAUCAAUGAGUCCUACAGGAAAAACCUGAUGGCCCUGAAGAAGUUUGUGAUGGUGAAAUUCCUCAAUGAUUCCAUUGUGGACCCUGUAGAUUCGGAGUGGUUUGGAUUUUACAGAAGUGGCCAAGCCAAGGAAACCAUUCCCUUACAGGAGACCUCCCUGUACACACAGGACCGCCUGGGGCUAAAAGAAAUGGACAAUGCAGGACAGCUAGUGUUUCUGGCUACAGAAGGGGACCAUCUUCAGUUGUCUGAAGAAUGGUUUUAUGCCCACAUUAUACCAUUCCUUGGAUGAAACCCGUACAGUUCACAAUAGAGCUCAGGGAGCCCCUAACUCUUCCAAACCACAUGGGAGACAGUUUCCUUCAUGCCAAGCCUGAGCUCAGAUCCAGCUUGCAACUAAUCCUUCUAUCCUUAUCUAACAUGCCCUACUUGGAAAGAUCUAAGAUCUGAAGCUUAUCCUUUGCCAUCUUCUGUUACCAUAUGGUGUUGAAUGCAAGUUUAAUUACCAUGGCGAUUGUUUUAUAAACUUUUGAUGUGGUCACGCUCAGUUUUAGAAAGGGAGUCUGUUCCAGAUCAGUGCCAGAACUGUGCCCAGGCCCAAAGGAGACAACUAAUUAAAGCAAUGAGAUAGAUUCUGAGGGCAAACGUUUUUCCAAGAUCUUGCCAGAUUUCAAGCAAAGAGGUACCCAGGCCUGAGGUACUCACAUAAAUGCUUUGUUUUGCUGGUGAUUUAACCAGUGCUUGGAAAAAUCUUGCUUGGCUAUUUCUGCAUUUCUUAAGGCUGCCUUCCUCUCUGAAUACGUUACCCUCUGUGCUAUCAUCUUAUUAUUAGGCAAAUCCCACUGGCCUAGUCUUGCUUCUGUGGCACCCACUUUGUCUCCUCAGGUAGUGAUGAAUUAGUUGCUCUGUCACAAAAGGAGGGAAGUAGCAUCCAAUUAAGUUGCUUAAGAGAGGAAAUGUACAUCUUGUAUAACUUAGGGAGUGAAGAAAAUGUAGGCACGAAAGUGAAAAGUGAGGCAGCUAGUUCUUCCUAUUCCAUUCUUGACCAACCUGCCCUUUCUUAAUAUGACUAGUGGUCUUGAUGCUAGAGUCAACUUACUCUGUUGCUGGCUUUAGCAGAGAAUAGGAGGAACCAUAUGAAAAGAUCAGCCUUUCUGACUUCAAUCCCCAAAACAUAUUUACCAGCAUACUCCAAACUGUUUCUGAUGGGUUCUGUGAGAAAAGGAUUGUUUGCUCAAAAAGCUUGGAAAAUACUACACACUCCCUUUCUCCUUCUGGAGAUCACCCACAUUAGAGGGUCUGAGGACUCUGAGAAUUCGUGUUACAGUAAACAAAACUAACAAUCUCCCAUUUCCUACACUACUUGAGCAUGGAAAUCAUAGUCCCCACUCUGUGAAAACUUAACGCUUUUUGGAAGACAUUUCUGUAGAAUGUCAGUUUGGAGAAAUGAUGAGCUACGCCUUGAUGAAAGAACCAUGUUGGUGCUGCUAAGUUUACCCAUUAUGGUUUUUCCUUUCUCUCUCUCAAGCCUUAUUCUUCAACUAAAAGAUGAGGAUUAAGAGCAAGAAGUGGGGGGGAUGUGAAAAUAAUUUUAUGAGGUUGUCUAAAAUAAAGAGUAGUUUCUUAUG